UCAGGCAUCUUAAUAAAAGAGGCGUUGGUACAAGCAAAGUCGUAGGUGUUCUUUGAGUCGUGGUUUUUUGAUACAAGCGAGUUUGAAAACUCCUGACGCUUUGUACUGUUUAGUUUGCGGUCUGCUGGAGUUUAUCAGGAGUAUCCUUUGAACUGGACCACAGAUAAAGUGCGAUUGCUCGUUAGAGGUAGUUUCGCGAGUUUUCCCAGCGCGUGCUAGAGAGUAAGUUGUCGGAUACGCAAGGCCCAGUGGAUCGUGUGAUUUUGUCGGAACGCAUGGCGCCUCACGUUGGGGACGAACUACAUGGGCCCUAAGUGGUAGACUUGCUGAAAGAGCCCGUAGAAGUUGAACACCAUUUUGUAACAAGUGUUUUGCUGUUUCAAUUGAAGUAGCGCCACAAUGAAAAAGUAUACGCAGCUUGCCCUCAUCGUCAUAUGCAUUCUCUCCGUGCUCGCGUUGCUGAUUUGCGAGCGGCGAUACGCCAACAUGAAGGUUAUCCUCGAGGUGAUGGACGUGUUCGAGACCAAGGAAGCGGCUGUCAAGUGCGACCGGCAGAUCGAGCUGCUGCGACGCUCCCAGCUCGACUCCGGCGGCGCCCUGAUGCCCGUCGUGUUCCCCGUGUGGCGAGAGGUCUUCGCAUCGCAGAGUUGGUCACUCUUCGUCUAUUCAGCGUACUGGGACGUCGCGGAGGACGGUGCGAACGUGUCGAGAAUCGUCGCCGUCAUCGAACGAGACCUCCCAGCCGACCUCGGCUGCCUACUGUGGUUUGACGGCGUGCUCCACGUCCGAUCGGACAGCUUCGUGGUCACCACGCUGAGCGCAGCCGCCUCCAGCGAAGGCGACUCGACGUCGGCGGUCCUCCUGGAGUGUGCCAUACGCGACGUCUCGAUCAAGCCCGUUGCGGUCUCCUUCUCGUGGACGACGGCCUCCGGCCAAGUGGACAAGUCGCAGCUCGUGCCCGUGGACUCAACUUCCCCGACGAACGCGACACGAAACUUCAGCGUCUGCGUACCCCCUCUUGUGUCGACGAUGACUCCGCUGACGCUCGUCGAGUUCGUCGUCUACCACAGCCACGUAGGGGUCGACGACUUCGUCUUCUAUGACUCUGACUCGCUGGCCGACGUCAAGGGGCUACUGGCGGCAGCGCCCGGGCGCACUUUGGCCAGCGCCGAGCUGCUUCCGUGGAACUUGCCGCGCCGCUUCUCGAACGUUUCCGAGUCGGCGCGCAUCGCCGACUGCCUGAUCCGAAGCAAGAAGCGGGCCCGUCACGCCUUGUUCCUGCACACCAAUCAGUUCCUUGCGCUGGCGGCAGCCAAGGACCUCCACCAGCUGGCGCGCGAGCUGAAGUUUCUGAGCUCGCGUGGCAACGACACGACUCCUCCCUUGGUACUUUUUCACACGCACUAUUUUUGCGACGAAUUCUCAGACGACAUCGUGGCGAGCUCACUGCAAAUACGUUUCGUGACGCAGCGUAAGGUCAAGUACCAUCGGCUUUCGGAAAAGCACAGGGUGUUCCUCGUUGCCACUGGGUACGCUAAAGAUGUGGUUGCCACACUAAGAAGCCCCAACCAUCCGGUUGAGGACAAUGUCCUAGUGCCCAAGCGGUCGGCUGUGGUCAAUGUGUACGGAAAGUGCACUCCACUCUUCCGUGUCAGGAACACGCGGGAGCACUAUGUUCCUGACAUGCACAUGACGAACUUUCGAAGCCUGCUGUUCUCGUCAAAACUGUAUCGCUAUUUUGAAAAGCAGCCUUACGCGAGCUUGUUGCUCUAAGUGUAGCACUGAGUAUAGUGCGGCAAGACGCACUUUGCUGCUGCCCUGCGCAGAGGUUGCUCAAAGCCAAAGAUUAACAUUUUGCCAUCCUGGACUAGUUCUCCUGCACUUUGCAGAGAUAUGCACGCUACCAGAUGCCCCAGGGUUUGUUAUGUUCAAGCUUGUGGGCAUAGUCACUGCCAUUUUGUCCUUCGCAAGCAGUGCGCAGUAACUUGCAACAGGACAACUCUGUCCCAUUUUAUAGUUAGACCAACCGUACAGACUUGUCUUGAAGCUUGAGAUGUUUUCGUUUGCAUUCCUGACUCACUUUGACCCAAAGGUCUUAUCGAUUUAGCACAUGUCAAGUGAAAACAUGUCAGCCAGUUGCAGGCUUAAUUGAUUACCUUUGCAGGCAUGCAAGGUUCAUUGUGACGUCUUCGUCCAUCGCUCGAGUGAACUAUAAGACUUGCCACACUGCCUGUGGUCUCAACUGUAGUGUGUUCUGCAUCAGUUCAACACAUUUCUGCGAAAACCUUCAGAAGGGUGUGCCUGCGCAAGUCACCGUCAGGGUCUGCAUAUCACAUUUCAAAUAAGUAUUACAAAUCGUGUAUUAACUCAGUUCUGCAGCCUACUUAGCAGUGCUUAAAGGGACACUAAAAGCAAAGUUUUAGUGGGCUUUUAAAAUCCACUUCUGGGCCACGUAAAUCCUCACAAAAAUGAUUAAUAUUCAGAAACCAUGCAGCAUUUGUUUUAUGCUCAACUUGAAGUUUACAAUCUUGUUAGCUACCACUGUCAAAUGUGGUGCUAUCAUUACUCAGAAGCCUCUGAAGCCUUUGAGAAUGGUAGCUGUCACUCAUAGCAAAUCUUUGCAGGGAUAUGGUUUUUGAACACAUAGCGCAAUGUCUAAAUGGUUGCUUCUCCAGGAAUCAACAAGAAGUGCAUAGCUAGUAUUUUGUUCAGUCUUGCAGUGCAUAAUACCAUGGCAUAUGUGGCCUUCUUUUGAGGGCUUUAUUCUGAAUAUCGAAUUAAAGUACAUUAAUUUAGACUCAGACAAGACUAUGAAAUUGUUCAAAUUAGCAUGCAUGUGCUAGGAUGGACAGACCGCACCAUACUGCACAGGAAGAACAUAAAAGAUGGACUUGUUAUUUCAAAUUCGGCGCUGCAUGUUUGCAGCAGGUUGUUUCAUAUAUUAAGUUCAUGGAGCUCUAAUAGCAAACAGAAAUUAAUUGAUCAGUCAGUGAUAUGCUAGAAACAAGCGCGGACGCGGCACUCAUAUAAGCAGUGAGCCUUGAUGGCGAAAUGUAUGAUGCUCUGUAUACUCCAAAACACGUUUAUUUAGAUGGCAGAGAUAACCCAAUCAAGAUUAGAAGGAAUCGGUAAAUUGCAUUUGCUUGAACUUCUUCUGUGGCGACUCCGUGAGCAUUGUUUGCUAUUUGCCCAAGAGCUUCAGCAUAGCAUUCUAAUUCUCAUCAGCUGAGAAACGCUGCUGUUUAGUUGUUCUGCAUCUCUAGUAAACUUGGUUUGGUUUGGUCUUGAAACAUGUUGCGAUCACUCUUGGCCGACUUCUGUGAGGAGCAAUAAAAUAAGUGGGUUCCCAAUUCGAAACCAUUAAGAAUACUGAUGCGUUUGAAUUAUUAGGGGCUUUCACUCAUAGAAAAAUCACAGGGAUGUGCCGGGACUAGUACAGGAAAUUUAGUUAAGUUCAAACUAAUGACCUUUACUGUAGUACCGAUUUCUCCAUCCCCUUGCAAAUUGGAGGGCAGUACAUGAAAACUGCCCCCACCUCCGGUGAGGAAAUGUGAAUGCAUUUCUUGUGCAUAGGGAGGGCAUCAUUGCCAUCAGACAUUCGCCUUCACUGACUCUGCCAUUGCCUUGA